UGUGUGUGUGUAGGAAUGCUCGAGAUAAAUGGUUAACUGAAGAAGAACGAAGAUUAGAGGAGAGAAGAGAAAGGGAGAGAGAAGGAAACAUGGACGAGGAGGAGAGAAAACGUAAGCAAAACAUGGAGAGACGGAGGAAAGUCAUAUCUCCGCCACUUGAUUCCUUACCCUCCACCUCCACCACCACCACCACCAGCUGUAAUCACAACCACCACCACCACCGCCGCCGCUGUCCCCCUCAACCACCACCACCAUCACUACUAAGAAAGGCAUCCACAUUUAACUUUAUGCUAUGUGUCGUCGUGGUGUGUCUGAGUGGAGGAGCAUCAGGCCAGCACCUCAGCAGAGUACCCCCGGCCCUGAUCACUCUUACCAACCCGGGGGAGAGAGGUCUCAUCCCAGCGCAACCCUUCUGGCCACCCUCAACCGCAGCCUCGACGGUCAGUUUAUCCAGUGCGGCAAGGAGCUUCCCCGCCUCAGUACCCGUAUCGGAACAUGAGGCGGCGCAUCUCAACACAGUGAUCUCCGGAGGGGUGACUAUCCAGGACCAUGGGUACCGUAAGGCGCCCCCAGGUACAAGCCGACCCCUGCCAAGUGUUGUGUUAGCUGCUCUUAUGCAUUUAGAUGACCCAAGGCUCGUGCAUGAGGACCUGACGAUUGAUGAUAACGAUGAUGACUUCCUAUCGAUUCCGGCACCAGGUGUAGCCCAGGUGUUCUCGACUCCGACACCAGAUGUAACCACGGUGUUCCCCAAGGGCAUAAAGGCACCGUUCCUCAUCCCAGUCCCACAAGAUCCACUCCCAGGGCCUCUUCCACCUCCCUCACCACUACCCCCACCACCUUCACGACCACUGCCGCAUCCAAGCACCCUAAGCGAACCUGACCUUCAGCCUCCUCUACAAACACCGCGGAAGAAGCUCCAUCACCCAGAGGAGGCAGAUACCACCCCAGCCUCAAUCACAAGGGCACAGUUGAUCCGCCUUCGUCAGCGUACCCGUCAGAGACCUCCUGUGGCACCCCCUAUUGAGGAUGCCACUGAAGACCACCAUGAUACCCCCCUAGAGGACACACUACCCCCUGCUGCCCGGUUCCCGUCAAUACCCCAACGUCAGCGUACCCGUCAGAGACCUCCUGUGGCACCCCCUAUUGAGGAUGCCACUGAGGACCACCGUGAUACCCUCCUGGAGGACACACUACCCCCUGCUGCCCAGUUCCCGUCAAUACCCCAACGCCGUAAGCCUGUUCCUGCCCCCGUACAGCGACCUACACCCCCCGACCUCCCUUCAACAUCACCUACCCAUGAGUCUGAUGAGGACGACUACUAUUACUACUACAGUGAUGAAGACUACUACUACUACGACGAUUAUGAGGAUGGGGGUAAGGUGAGGGAACGACCCAAACACCCAGUGGAGACGACCUCAGCGAAACCUACUCCCCCCACGACUAAAACUACGACCCCCUCCCCUGUCAUACGACCCAAGAAUAAGGAACCCGUCACACUCCCUCCUUCCUUCUUCGAGUUAUCACCUACCCCCAAACGGAGAAGACCUUCCACUAAGAACCCUCCAGUCUUACAAAUUCUCACUCCUCCUUCCCAAGAGUCUGACGCCUCCACCACCCAGCACUCCACCUCCAUCCCCCCCAACCACCAUGAUCUAAUCCCCAAAGUCCUCGCCACUCCAAUCUCCCCGACAAUCACCCCAAAGAUAUCCUCCUCCCCAGCACACAUCCCUGAACCCUCCCCAGACUUAGCCCCAAGUCCUAGCCCACGUCCUCAUCCUGCCCCAGUACAUUACCAGCCCCCGGGUAUCGAACUGGGGACUUUUAUUGGUGAUGGACGUUAUCUGACCUUACGAGCACCCCCGGAGACCAUUCGAAACCACCCUGAGGUCCUCUUCGCCCUUUCUGGAAGCCCGAGUGGGAGAAAGGGAGGACCUGUUUACUUCCCUACUGCACUUGCGGGAAUUCAACUCAAAGAGGAAGAAGAGGGAGAGGAGGAUGAGGUGGGGGAGGAUUCAGUAUUUCGAGGGGUACGAACAGUGGAAGAUGUGGAUGAGGAGGAUAUGAAAGAGGAGGAGGAUCACUCAUUAAUUCAGGAGGUAAUUGAAGAUGUGGAUGAGGAGGAUAUGGAAGAGGAGGAAGACUACUCAUUACUUCGAGAGAUAAGAGGAGUGGGAGUGGAAGAAGAGGAGGAAGGCUAUUCACUCUUCCACAAGAUAAGAAGAGUGGACAUGGGUGAAGAAGAGGAAGAGGAGCAGGAGGAGGAGAGGGAAAAACAUGACAAAACCAAAGCCGAAGAAGUGGACAAACAAAGAAGAAAACAUGGAGAAAUUAGACAUGAGGUGGAAGAGGAGAGACGGAGAGGACGGAAGCAUGGAGGAAAGGAGGUAGAGGGAGAGAAGAAAGAAAGGAGGGAUGAGACAGACAACACAGAGGAGGAGGAAAAGGAAGAACAGUGGAUGAUCCUUGAUGAUAACACAUAUGAAGCAACCGAAGGAAGAGAGGAAGCAUUAUUUUUGGCUUCCGUGGUAAAGAACGAAGAGGGGAACCAGGGUGCGGUUCAAAAGGAUACAGAAAAGAGACCCUUGUUCUUCUCUCGUCUGCCACUCGUUGGGUUAACAGGACACAAGGCACUUAGAAGAUCGAGUGAUUCGCCGUAACGCUCACCACCACGAGGACCUAGAAUGGCUCUUAAUGCUGUCCUCGGUAGACACGCUUUUUUAAGAUUCCGGUUAAGUCUGCAAUCAUACACUCCUACACACAAGACCUGAACUCUGACCACUGUUCGCCCACCCAAAACUCGUGAAUAAGAUCAUGGAAGUGAGUUUGAGUUGUGACGAUGGUAGAAAGGAAGAGAGCUGCUGGUUAGAGGUAGAGUCUUGUGUUUAUACCGAGAAACUGUCGAUGCAAAGAGCAACCACCACGACCAUGUCCUUGUUACCACUAUACGCCUGACUUUCAAAUAUCAAGAAAUGGGGAUAAUAAAUAAAGGGAAGAAACUGUAAUAGUCAGGCCAGAGGAAACAAAACACAAGCGUUCUUCCUUAAAUGUGUAACAGAUAGAAAAUGGGAAGUUGAUUCCUUAUACAAGAGAAAACAUUUUAGAAUAAACUGAACAAUUUGCUUGAAAAGACUGAAAAAUAUUAGUGAAUCAAUGGGGUUGCAGAGUAAUGGUUGUGUUACCGCUGAAAUGUAAACUCAGUAACUAAUAGAAAAUGGCAUGUUAACCCCUACCAUAGAAAACGUUAAAGCGUAAACUGAGAAAUUGCUUAAGCUUACGGAACAUCAAGUGAAUUUAUGGUGUUGCAAAAUAAUAGUUGUUUUGGUGGUGAAUUAUUAUAUAAACUAUGCAACGAAAAGAAUACGGCAUACGAUGAAUCCUUGACAGAAAACUUUAAAGGGUAAACUGGACUAUACAUAGGCGAAAUACCAGUGAAAUUGUGUUGUAGGUAUAUUGAGUUGCUAAUGUAAUGUCUAAUGUCUUACUACAUGAGGUUAUUCCAUCGUUGGUGAUCAGUGUUCAUGAAAAUAUUGUUUCUGAAGAGGUUACAAAUAAUACUUGUCUUCACAUAUAUCCUUUCGUGCGUUAUCCUCGGUGAAUUGUAAAUAGAUGUUAACCUUACCAAAUAAACACGUCGGGCAAUCAACCCAUGAAACUUUUGUUGGUGAACUGACUGAGCUUUGUGAAACUUAGUGGAGGCUAAGUGACAAGCGCAUAAGUGACUUACAGAUAAUCGUGUUGCCUUUUUCCAUGCGAGGAGAAAAUAAAUAAUGGGAAAGAAGUGAAAGGCUAUACUUGGUUUAGAGACAGUGAGUGAUAUGAAAAAAAAAAUACUGCUGAUUCUUUCUACUCGAGCAACUAAAAUCAACAGUGAAUCAUGUGACAUAAAAAUAACGAAUUCUUUUCAGUCGUGUACGUAAAUAAUAACGAGUGAAAGCUAGCUGAUUAGUAAAAAAAAAGGUGAUCCUAAAAUACAACAAAACUGUGAUCAGUAUUUCGUUGGAACAUGAAAGAUAAAAAAAAUCGCCCGCCCGCUAACAGUGAUCGAGUGUCCACAAACCUACUGGAAUAAAGAAAAAACAGCAACAGCACCAUUAUAAUCCGCAGCAACAGUAUAAAACAGUAGUUAUAGUGCACCGUCCGCUAGGCGUGUGUGAAACAAAUUAUAAUCAGUAUUGUAAGGUGUGUCUGUGUGUGUGUGUGUUUGUGUAAUAUACAUAUAUAUAUAUAU